AUGAGUCUUUCGUAUGGGUUCGAGUUCCAGACUCCAGAGAAUCUUAAAGACGUGCAUUGCAGUAUUGAAAAAGGCUUCCAUAAAAAAGAGGUGCUAUACUACUCUCAAAUCAACGCUACUCAGAUCUCUUUCGACAAGUCACAGCUUGAGCCAUAUCGCCUCCCCUUAGCGAAGACAUUGAAUAAUGGUGACUGGAAUACUAGAAACGGCUACAAACUGUUCCAAGCCAAGAAGUUUGGCGAGAACGAAUCCAGAAUCAGGAAUCUUCUACUCAUCACAAUCAAAUACGAGUUGACCAAAUACGGAACCAAGUAUAUCAGGCCAAAAGUGCUAUGUCAUUCAGGAUUGUUUUGCGACGUGAUCAACAAUUCGAAGGAGACGUAUGAUGUAAUUUGCUACGAUGGACAGUUAAUAUUUUCCAGCACAAAUAGACGGUUGGAUCAGAAUCUUCUAAUUUCCUAUAUUGGAAUAAGAUUCGAAGACUUAUUGAAAUACAAUGAUGUUACCCAGAAAACACGUGACAACUUCAAGCAUUUCAAGACUCUUGGCGAAGGAUAUAUUGGAGACAAGGAACAAGGAGAUGUCAUUAGUUUUUUAAGUGUGACAGAGAUCGAUUCAUUGAAAGGAACAAAAGAUAAAGAGCCAGGAAAGUAUACAGAGAUCAAGUUGACCAUAUCCCAUGGCAUGAAUUGGAAAAAGCUACAGACAUCAGAUAAUACAGCAUUUUUAGCCACAAUGUCAAGAGCAGUUUCUGGAUUUGAACGAAAGCUUCUCAAGUGGAUACUACAGUGCAAAUUUGGUAUGAGCAAACACCUUUUAGUUGGACUGAGAGACGGGUCUUUUAAUGUUAGGGCAGUACAUCUUUUCAGCUUGGAAAAAGAUUUGAUUCCGUUCUUGAAACGUCAUUAUAGAAGAGAAUAUUCAAUAUAUGUCUCUGCAAUUGAUAAGCUACAGCAAUUUUUUGCAUGGAUAGAACAGAGUAUUGAGAAGAAUAAAGACUGCACUGUUUACAGGUUGGAAAUCAAUGGUUAUUCGUGUAAGUUGUCUCCAUUGGUGUCUCCCGAAGAAAGCGAACAAGUCUUCAACAAUGUGAUGAUCAAACCGUUUAUCCAAUGGAGGGAAACUAAGAAAGACUCUUUGGUCGAUUGUAAGGAUGUCGUUGAACCAGCCGUUGAACCAGCCGUUGACAAUCUAAGUCAAGCCUUGGAAGCCACGCACAUUAGAUAG